GAGAGCCCAGAUCUCCAAGGUCCAUACAGGAGAUAUCACUAGGCCCGCUAAACGAACGUAAACAGCAGACGUACCAAUAUAGAUCAAGCACUACCUCUACCCCCAUCCACCAUCACGAAACUGACUAGUCCGUGUCUUACAUCGGAUUCACUUAAACAGUCGCUCUCGAGUCGAGCACCACUACCACCAUCAUGGAGAAGUUUGCCGCUACAGCAAUCACCCUUGUCAGCUCACAAUGCUCUGUCGCCCAGCAAAUGCAAUUCGCCUGUAGUCAGGCCAAGCAUGACCUUGACCUCGCCAGAGCCGCUGCUGCAAGAGGUAUGCCGACCGCAACCUUUGGCAAAAAGAACGACAUCCGCAUCGUAGGCAUCCAUGAAUACAAGGAAGCUGCUCUGAGUCUUGCCGAGGCCUUUGAGGUCGAUGAGCUGUCGCGGUACUUUAUUGAUGUGCCAGACCGUGAGCAUGCAACAGAGCAAGAGAAGUGGGAGCUCCACCUCUCCAUCUUCGAGUACAUUGUGUAUGCCCACUGUCUGAAAGGUUUGGUCACCACGACGGGUCCAGGUUAUGCUGCCGUCGCGCUAUGGCUGCCUCCAGGCGAUCAUAUCGAUGACUGGGCCACCAUGCUGCGCAGCGGCAUGUGGCGUCUCCGAUACAAGUUGUCUGCCGAGGCCCGGAAGCGCUUCUUCGACGAGUUUCUGCCGCUGCUGCACGACACCAAGGUCGGUGUGCUCGGUGCUCUCGACGAGAGCUCGUGGUACCUGGUCUACGUCGGCACUCGGCCCUCUGGGCGCGGCAAGGGGUAUGCGAAGAAGCUGAUUGAGCAAAUCUCGUCUCUCUGCGAUGAAGAAGGCCGUGCCAUCUACUUGGAGAGCUCGAAUGCGAUCAACCCAGCCAUCUACCGCAAGAUGGGGUUUGAGGAUCGCAAGCGAGUGUACAUGCAGAGGAUCUUGGACCGCAACGUCGAGCUAGACAUUAUGGUGAGAAUGCCCAAGGCGGCCGAUGAGAAGGUCAUCAUUCGUGAGAAGCUUCCGGCUGCGUCGGUGAAGAUCCAUCGUCUGCAGGUUUAGACGCCACCACAGUGGUGAACAGCACCGGUAAGGUAUGUGCACGGAGAGUGAGACUGUGAAGGC